AUGGGCACCACCGCCUUCGUCUGUGUCAUCCUCUGCAUUGCUUCCAUCUUCUUCACGAGCUCGGCGAAUGUGCUGGUCUUGGCACCCGUGGAGAAGAUGAUGAGAAAGGUGGAGUUGAUUCGAGCGAACCCGUUGAAAGCCAUGAAAAUCGCAGACGACGAGUUUCAGCGCGAGGAGAUGGAGAAAAAGAAGAGAGCCAAUCGCAGAUCCUGGAACCUCCGUAAAAGCAGAAAUCCCAUGGAUCUUGUGAGGCGGGUGGUGUUCGUUGUUGUGACGUGCGCUUGUUGA